ACUAUUACAACAUUUCGGUUUAGGUGAAAAUAUAUAAAGAUGCUGACUUUAUUUAAUACAGACUAGAACUGAUUACUUAAUGCACGUGUGACUUAAAGCGCGAGCAAUUAGCUUCUCUUUGUUCUCUGAUUCCUUCCAAGGCUCUCCAUCUCGGUUUCGUGCUGCCCUCUCAUUGGUCGGGCUAGUUCUGUCUUGUACUCCUUAGAUGCCGCCACAGGACAAAACUUAGGAAAUGUUCUGAAGAAUUGGAAAGGUCAACUGAACCACAGCCGUUGCUAUCGAUAAAAGUGCCGCUUUGUUUGGUUGGUAAAGAAUCAUUUCGCCACUGCCAUCUACCAGCGAAUCUACCAAGCGCCUCGCCAUUUACGACGUCACUUCGCUGCCUACACGCGUACAGGUACAACCGUCAAGUAGAGCGAAAGAGAGAGAGCGAAGGGCACCGGCGGAGGGACAAAGAGAGAGCGAGAUUUCAAGAGAUGAGAUACGACAGCAACGAGGAGGUGGCACGAGCAGUCUCUUGAUCGAGACGGGCGAUCGUUUUUCGCGCGACGUGCACGUCACGUCUGUCCCUUUUUUUUUCACGUUCCCACGGGAACGGCGCGACGCGACGCGCCGCGGUGCCCGGUCCGUCUCGCGAUAGACGAGAGAGAAGAGUCGCCGUGGGCAGUGGGAGACGGAGAGGCUGCGCUACUGUUGCUGCUACUGCUGCUGCUGGUAAACAUGUUACGUUCGCGCGACGGCAGCAGCGAGAGGAGAUCGCCAAUCGUCGUGCGCCAACCGAAAUCCCGGAGUGCCGUCGCUGCCAAAUAAGUCCGCGCGCGCGGCACGAAUAUGGCCACAUCCACGAGGAGAUCCUGGAAGCUCCAGGAAUUUGUCGCCCACACGCCCAAUGUCAACUGUCUGGCUUUGGGCCAUAAAUCGGGUCGUGUUUUGGUCACUGGCGGCGAUGACAAAAAAGUAAACCUAUGGGCGGUUGGAAAGCAAAAUUGUAUUAUGAGCCUGAGUGGCCACACCACUCCCAUAGAAUGCGUGCGCUUCGGCCAAACGGAAGAUCUCGUGUGCGCUGGCUCACAGACUGGUGCAUUGAAGAUUUGGGAUUUGGAGCACGCCAAGCUGGCGCGCACCCUGACGGGACAUAAAUCCGGAAUACGUUGCAUGGACUUCCAUCCUUACGGAGAGCUGCUAGCGUCGGGGAGUUUGGACACAGCAAUCAAGUUGUGGGACAUUCGCAGAAAAGGCUGCAUCUUCACGUACAAGGGGCACAACAGGACCGUGAACAGCUUGAAGUUCAGUCCUGACGGACAAUGGAUCGCGAGUGCUGGGGAGGAAGGAAUGGUCAAGCUGUGGGACCUAAAGGCCGGUAGACAACUAAGGGAAUUUUCAGAACACCGAGGCCCGGCCACGACCGUCGAGUUCCAUCCGCACGAAUUCCUUUUAGCCAGCGGCAGCGCCGACAGAACGGUCCACUUCUGGGACCUGGAGUCAUUUCAGCUGGUAUCUUCCACAGAACAGGGUCACUCCUCGGCCAUCCGCUGCCUGUACUUUAGUCAAGGCGGGGAAUGCCUGUUCGCCGGUAGCCACGACGUCUUGAAGGUUUACGGCUGGGAACCGGGCAGAACCUUGGACUCGAUACCGACCGGUUGGGGAAAGGUCCAGGACAUAGCCGUGGCUCAAAAUCAAUUGAUCGGUGCGAGUUUUCACACCGCGACCGUCACGUUGUACGUGUGCGAUUUGAAGAAGAUCGCACCACUCGGCGGGAUGUCUGCUGUGAGUUCGCCGUUCAGUCAUGGAAAUUCCUUGAGGAAGAGCUUCUCCAGGGAACGACCGGUCGGACUGAAGAAGCACACAUUGGACGUACGAACGAUCGAAGAAGCGGACAAAUCCGGUACGGAUCCGGAGGAUGAGACCACCUACGCGGACAUACCGAACGUGACCGAGUACAGGGACGUUUUUCAGCCGAGCAGGGCGUUGUCUCGCACACCACCUGCUGAACCUCCCGAGGCUUUCGAGGAGCCUCACGACAUAGAUCCAGCACAGCCGCAGAUACUGCAAACUCUCUCUACCUCAAUGUCGAAUCUAAGCACAACGGAACGCGAGGAGGUGCCCCCGUUGCCGUCGCCCUCCUCACCGCCUCCGCCGGCGCCCACGUUACCCUUGGCGAAGCCAGUGCCGGUGCGCGUCCAGCCGAUCAAGUCUUCGCCGCCGGCUCAGAGGAACUCGAUCACAUCGACGAGCCAGAUCAGAGCAAAUCUCCAGGCGAACAAUGGUCUGAAUCAACGGGCAUCCAAGACCUUCGCGUCCAUACCGCCGUUGAGGCAGAGCAUCACGCCGCUGCCGGGCAAGAGAGUAGGCACCAAUGAUCAAGUAGUGCCACCGCCUCAGCCGUUGGGUCCGCAAAGAUCGAACUCGACUCUGACACCGCGCGUCGCGCCGAUGGCUGCAGUGAUACCCGUGAUGGAUGACGGUAAACUGAAGAACAGGGUACCCAGCCCGGACUCCCCGAAGCACUAUCUAAGAAGACAGAGCAGCAGGGACGGCGAGCAUGGAUACGACAGCGAUUAUCCUGUACAAAUUAAUAAUAUAAGACACAGUCCUUCGGAUCCUGCGCUGAACAGGCCGAACACCGCGCAAUCGAGGUCGACGUCGCUCAACCGAAACUUCGCUACCUCAACUGCGCUAUCGGCGCGCAAUGCCUCCACGACCACGUCGUCGUCGUCGUCCACGAGGAAGCUGCCGAACAAGGCGCAAGUCCCGCCGAAUCCCAAGGUCGACAUACGUGUCCCGCAAAUAAGAAGUACCGUCGAGGACGCGGAGCGGGAGGAACUGGUGCCGAUGAGCGCCGACAAGCCCUAUGGCUUGGACGUGGAGAAUUUCUUACCGCACAGUUAUACCGGUUCGACGACGCUAGGCUACCCGCAGAUGAGCGUAUUGACGGAAAUGUCGGAAGCCGAGGUGUUGAACAGUAUGAUGCGCAGCCACGACUCAAUGAUGGCGGUACUUAAGAGUCGGCAUCGCUCAUUGCAAAUCAUAUACUCCCUCUGGCACAACAAAGAUCUCAAGGCAGCAGUAGAGUCCGCAGUCGCAAUGAACGACCUGGCGGUCAUCGUCGAUCUCUUGAGUAUCCUCACGUUAAAACCAACGAUGUGGAACUUGGACCUCUGCAAUUCCCUACUCGGUCCUAUCAGCGAUCUCCUACAAAGUAAAUACGAAAUGUACAUAACGGUAGCAUGUUCGGCGUUGAGACUUAUUCUUCGUAACUUCGCUCCGGUAAUAAAGUCCAACGUGGAAGCGCCCCUCCACACUAUCGGUGUCGAUGUGUCGCGGGAGGAACGGUACCACAAGUGUCUCUCCUGCUACGAGAAGCUAUCAGCAAUACGGCCGGUUUUGCUGAAGAAGCAAUCGUCGAAUACGUCCGGUAAGCUCGGCGCCUCGUUCCGUGAGCUAGCAGUACUCAUCAGGAGUCUCGAGUGACCGGAGCCACGCCAUCUGAGGCCCUCGUGAAUUCGACCGCCAAAUCGGCUUGCUUAUGAUGACGAGGCUCAUCAGGAAGCAGAAGAGAAUCCUGGCCGGGUCCUGGCUGUCGCGACAACGCGAAACAAAUUUCGUCGGGAAGCAGCAACGAGAUUGCAGUCCGUCUCGCAUCGUCUGUGAAACUUUUUUUGCUGCUUUUUUCUUCCGCUGUCGCCGGUCGAUUCGCAUAUCGAUUGCCUCCUCUUCCUCUUUCUCGUCAUUGUCAUCUCCAUAACCGUCAAUUUUUGAAGAAAAUGGCAAAACUGUGAGACAAAUUUACGCGAUUUAUUAUCGUAAAAAAAAUAAGAAAAGAGAAAAUAUUAAUAAGAAGCAGGGAAGAGAAAAAUACGUGCGCGAAAUUAAAUAAUUGGUGAGCGAAAGCGAGAAAUAUCAUCGUCGUUUAUUUAACGUACUGAAACAUCGAGACCAAGAAAAAUAAUUCUAGAAGUAUAUAGAGUCUCGUGAAGUUUCCUAACAUUGUUCUCUUUCUAAUUGAUUUAAAUACACAUCAAUUAAAUUGUUCUUUAGAAGUCUCGAGUCUGCAAUACAUAAAUCCAACUGACAUAUUUUUUAAGCAAUAAAUAGGAACGUAAUUCCACAUUGAGGGGUUUGAAAGAACAAUUUAAUCCGAUAGAAUGUCGAUUAGAGAAACGUAAAAAUUAAAUUGAUUUUUUUAACGAAAGGAUUUUUCAUCCUUAUGAACAUAAGAAAAUCGUUAAUAUCAUCGUAAGCGAAACAACAGCGGAAGAACAGGCCCGCUAGAUCCCGGUGCGUCGGUAUAUCGUAUAUCGAUCUCGAGAUAUUCGGCAAUACAAAGACUCGAUGGUGAAGUCUUUUCUAAUGAGAGCAUCGAUUCACUCGACACGAUACUCGCGCAAGCUAUUCUGGCCAACGUUCUGCACCAUUCUUGCCAACAAGAUCACGCACUACCGUGUCGAGUGACUCGAGCGUAUCGGCCUUAAUUAAUCUUGCAGGUGACAAGCGCGAUGAUGUCCGACUCGAUAAGCGAGGAAUAACGUGUAAAUAAAUAGCGAGUAACACACACAGAGACACCUUUCCUAGCGUACGAGAGAAAUUGUAUUUUUGCAACAAGUAUCUAUGCCGGUCUAACUAAUAAACUACCCUAACCGUAGGCGUAUAUAAUACCCUUGACCCCUGGAGACAAAUCGUAGGUGCGAUUUGUAGGAGAGCUCAAGAGUGAACUCGUACUUCGCGAGAAGAUGAAAGGAUCGCAAGUGGAGAGAGCGUGUCGAUGAACGAUUGCUUUUAUACGCGUUCAAAUUAUUUUUUUAUACACGAAAGUGUUUCCAUGAAAUCGCGCUAAGCUUUAGCGACCGUUCCACUAAUAGCGCGACUAUUUAAUGAAUGCGAAUAAAGGGAAAAAAUAAGGGACCGUGGUUGACGUUCACACGCUCUGCGACGGUACGCUUUUGAAGACACCCCGAAGUCUUUUGUACUCGAAAUAGUCGAACGUGUUUAAUUAGCAUUGUCGUGCGAGAGGGGAAAGAGAGUGCUGAAGAAUGGAAUGAACACGACUUGGAGAUAGUAUUCUGUUUUGUGAGAUUCACUUUUUUGUUCUGUUCUUGGUGUUCUGUUGUUUUAUGUCAUUUUGUUGCAACGAGUUGAAAGGCGGUGAUUGUGGCCGGACGGACAGGAUCAAUUUAAGCAUCUCGCUCUCGUCACAUCAUCAUCAUUAUCAUUAUCUUGGAUGCACGGUAACGACUGUGUAUCACACUUCGCGCGUAUAUUUAUGUAGCGUAAAUCGAAUCAGUAUUAUCUGAAGUACUAUUCAUUCAUCGCCGAAGUAUUUCUCUCACGCUCAUGUUAUUCCCGUUUUACUGUUUAUUCGGAGCGCCUAACACGGCUCUCUCACGCCGAAUCUUGAGUGCCUAACCCGAUGACAUGGGAAUUCGUUUACAGUUAGGUAUGCAGCAUGCAUUCGAAUUAAUGCCACUUACACCGCCUUUUACCUCGUCACGGCAAUUUUCCGCUAUUUAUACUGUGUUUCUUUUUUCGAAAUUGUGUUCCAGUGAUCAUGUCACGUCAGCUGAUUCAUUCAGAGAAAAUGGGUGAUAAUUUACGAUUACGAUGCGUCAAUAAUAUUUGAAGAUCGUUAGCGAAGAACGUCUCAAUUUUCUGAGAUAUUCUGACUUUUGCCGAAUGUUAUCUAAAUUAUAAAUGUUUUGCGCAGCGAAGUGUUUUGGUAAAAUAGGACGCCGUAAUUGUUAUGUGUACAACCAUGCUUAUGAUGAAAGUAAAUUAUAAAAAAGAUGGAUGCAAGUAAAUAUUGCUUGGAAGAUUCUUCGCCUGCGUUCUUCAUUUGUCAUCGUAAUAGAUAAACUUUUUAUUAGUGAUUUUAUCCUAGAAUGUAUUAUUUAAAUUAUACGAAGUUCAUUACGUCUUCUGCGAUUGCGAUUUCGUUCGACUUUCCCUUCCAUCGAAACGGGAGGCGAUCCUGAUUUCUGCCAAGAGAGGAUUAUUACUUAUAACGAUAUUACAUAUAGUGUGCAAUAUAUUUGUAUGAUCAUCGAUCGCCCUCCACGAAAAACAAAAAAACCUAUAGUAUUUUCUCGUUCCCGAAAGAUAGAAAAGUGCGUUGAAGAAAUGGAAGAGCGAAAAGAUGAAAAACGAUAUUAGAAUUUUUAAUACGCUGCCUCGUAGUAUUAUGCAAUAAAGCGUACAAUACUUUCGUUAAUUUUACAUUGUACGUGUUUUUCUUUUUUUUAUUUAACAUGAAAAUUACCUUAAACAAUAUUUUUCUCCAUUCCUUUAUGUUGAGAAAUUAUUAUAACAGAAAUAGCUCUACCAAAAAGAUCUUUUUGAAUCGCUCAAAUUUUAUUAAAUUAUAUCGAAAAAAUAUAUUUACGAAAAACUCUGGUCUUAUGAAAGUCUAGAAAAAUUCAAGGAAAAUAUUAAAAUUUCACAGAAUUUUGUUUUCCAUUUUCCGUGACCACAUGUUCGAUGAAAUUUUUCUUUUUUAUACCACUUUUCUUUUUUUUUUCUCGAGAUCUUCGUAUCAUUCUAUUAUUAGUCAUUAUAUCCGUCAUUAGUCGGGACUCAAAAUUAUUUUAGAGCUAUUUUAGCGAAUGACCAUGUAUUAUUUCUCGCAAAGUACAGUCAUCGAACUCUUGUGGAAUGGCAAAAAGAGAGAGAAAGAAAAAGAGAAACGUUCGCUCAAGCCUCCAAUCGUAUAGCCUAAUCGCCUUCGAAACAGGGGGAGAGAAAAUUACGAGGAUACUCGUUCGGUUCCGUCCAAUGUAUUUUUGUAAGGGAGUGAGAAAGGGAGAAAGAAAGAGUGAGAAAAAUACGAGAGAGAGAGAGAGUGUGUGUCUUUUGAAUGCUUCUGUAACGUCUUGUAAUUUAUCGCUCCGAUCGGUACACGUUCAAACAGCGAGGACAGAAUUUUAACUUAAGCUCACGCUCAUACGUUGCGUUGGUAUCGAUCGCGGUUUAUGAUGCCGAUGCAGUGAGAAUUAGUUAAGUAUAUAACUUUGCUUUGCGAGUGCGAGGCACGAGUUCCACGUUUAGGCGAUCCAGAACUCGCGGAGCUCGUAUCUCGCGUUCCGGUAUUUCAAUGGAGUAUUUUAUACGUUACUUUUACCGGAUAACAAAUUUUAUUAUACUGUUUUAAUCGAUGCGUAAUUAAUUAUUUACUGCGUUAUUUCAUUUUAACAUUUCGAUUUUUGUUUCCGCCGAAUAUGUUAUCUGAGCGGGAUAAAUAAAUAAUAAAUCGCAUUAUUUAUUCUUCUGUGUUGGUGUUUCCUGUUUCCUGUGAAUUUCAACCGAAGUAGAGUGAUCCAUUAUGCAUGAUAGAGUUGCACCGUGUAACUCAACUCUGUAUAAUUCUCAGUAUCAAGUACACGUGAACGCGAAUUUGUUUUACGACGUUCGCAAAGUAUGAGCGUCGGGGAUGUUACGUUAUUAAAAUUAUACAUUUGUCCAUUUUACGGUAGGAGCCGCGGCACUAAUUAGUCUAAUUUUCGGAAGCGAUUUUAAGCGAGGAUUGAGCACUUUUGAUAUCGACGUUGUAUAAAUAUAUAUUUCACAUUCCAAGAUUCUAUUUUGUACUCGUGCGACUCUACGUAGGUAUUGCGAUAUUAUUGCAACGUAAUGUAAUAUUAACACUUUAUUAUCUCGUGUAUUAUCGCUUAGGCGACACGGGAGUUUUGUUCAUAUCAUAAUCGCCGAUCCGACGGCGAUUAAGUAUCGAUAUAUUCUAAAUAGAUAUUCACCUAAACAGAUUUCUGCUUGACGAAAAAUGGGACAAAUACGCAGCGCGAUUGUAAAUGUAAAUUUUGUAAAUUAGAGCACACAGAGAGGGUCGAUGAGGAAGGAUCAUGCGAGAACUCUUAAAUCUGCACAGCUGUACUCGCUCCUCAUUCUCCUUUCGAGCAACGCUUUGAUAUUUACGACUGCUUCGAACGUACGAUGUAUAUAACGAGAUUCCAUCGUAACCGCGACCUAAUUAAUUCAGAUUAGUUCGCUAUUAAUUACCUCGUAAUUUAUAAUGAUAUGUCGGUGGACCAGCAAAGUCUGUCUGUCUGCCAACUGUCUCAAGACGAUUUGUCAAACCUCACAACUGCCUUAACAACAAUUCUGAGGGGGGAGAUAUUUUUAUUAUCUGUGCCGAUUUUUGCGUUCACGCAGCGCGAAUGCGUGUAAUAAUUAAAUUAACUUUAAGCCCGCCGCCUCCUGUUUGCGUAUAUGCGAUCAGGUUGAUAAUAAUAAUAAUAUCCUUUGACAAAAA